GGUUAUCACUUUAUCAUGGGGAGAGUUAGGAGGAAGUGUCAUGCCAAGUACUUGAGUAAAAUGGAAUGUUUACCCGAAAUGGAUCGUUUAAAGUCUACCUUCAACAACGUGAUUAAAAGCGUCCAGUAUAGAAGGUUCACCCAGCAUUGUGAUGAUGACUCAAAUAGACAUGUGGAGAUAAAACUAUCUGAUGAUGCCGGCGAUGACAACACAGAGAUGGAGCAGAACGACAUGUCUCCGACAUUCCGGCCGGCGCCCCGGGACAACAACCGACGCAUCUUCUGUCUCCUGGCGAUUGGCUUCUUGGUCGCCUUCAUCCUCGGCUACUUUGUUGCUUAUGUCAGCCACAGGAAGAUGGCCGUGGACCCCGUCAGCUGCGGGAAUCAGUCGGCGACGGUAGGGGAAGUGAAUCAGGUGCAGAAAGAGGUGACAGUGACACCGCCACAGCCAGAAGUGACCGUGAAAACACAGCCAGAACCAGAGGAAGAGGUGGAUCCACAUGAGGAAGAACUCCCGCUAAACUGGCAGGACAUCGUCCAGCUCCUCGACAACAAACUUACCAGCGAGGCUUUUGACACACGUCUCAAGGAGUUCGAUGUGCCAUCACGCUUGGCGGGCGGAGAAGGCGACAUUCAUCAGGGGAACCUCAUCGCUGACGAAUUCAGGAGACUGAGGAUGCAAAUCUGGACAGAUGUCCACUAUGUCCAGCUGCAGAAGCCCGACAGCAAACGCCCAAACAUUAUUACCUUUGGAUCCAACGACUUCAAGCCUGAAGGUUACCUUGCCUACAGCGCCACAGGGAAGGUGGAGGGCAAGCUGGUGUACGGCGGGUACGGCCGUCCUGAGGAUCUGGACACUCUGCAGAAGGCAAACAUUGAGGUGAAAGGUAGCGUGUUGCUGUUGCGUGCUGGAAAACACAGCUUUGCAGAGCAGGUGGCAAAUGCUGAAGCCAGUGGAGCCUCUGCUGUUCUCAUCUACCCCGACCCCGACGAUUACAAAUUUUUGGGUGACACAGCACUUUAUGGCCAUGUUCAUCUGGGCUCAGGCGACCCUUACACUCCGGGAUUCCCUUCCUUCAACCAUACGCAGUUCCCGCCGACCCAGUCAUCCGCUUUGCCAAAAAUCUUGGCUCAGACCAUCACCGCCAACAUGGCUAAGACCCUCCAACAGACAAUUGGUGGCCCGAACAACCUCGGAGGUGUGGCAAACAUCAGUGUGGAGGUCAACAACGUGCUGGUCAACACAGAGCUCCAUAAUGUGUUUGGAGUUAUCCAAGGACUGGUAGAUCCUGACCAGUACGUGGUCCUGGGAGCCCAGAGGGACGCAUGGGGUAAAGGCUACGCCAGAGCCGCCGUUGGUUCAUCCGUGCUGCUGGAGCUGGCCAACGCCAUCAGUGAGAUGGUGACAAAAGACGGCUUUCGACCCAGGAGAAGCUUGGUGUUUGCAAGCUGGAGUGCCGGGGAAUACGGCAGCGUUGGCGCAACUGAAUUUUUGGAGGGCUAUCUGUCCUCACUAGACAAGAGAAUGUGCACGUAUAUAAGCCUGGACGGUAUGGUCAUGGGUCGCGGGGGCUUUAUUGCCUCAGCAAGCCCGCUGUUGUACAACCUAUUGGAGGAUACAAUGAAGGAGGUGAGAAGUCCAUUAGAUUCCAGGACCGUGUACGAUAUGGUGGGCACCACAAAAUGGGAGACCAAUGUACUAAGGCCCAUGUCCAUUGACGACCCUGCUUAUCCAUUUUUGGCCUUUGCGGGAAUUCCGUCCAUCUCUUUCCACUUCAUCACUCCCAAUGUGGAAGCCUACGAGUACUACGGCACCAGCAUGGACAACAUGGACCACUUGAAGUACAACACGGCCCAGCGCACCAGCGAAACAACAGUGCUGGCUGCCCAGUUUGCCGGCCACAUGGCCCUUCGCUUGGUACACGAUCGCCUACUCAGGCUCGACGUGGGUGGGUACCGCAAGGUUGUCCCCAAGGCCUUGAUGCGAGUCUACAGGCAUGUCUACCAGCUCAUCCAGAGCGGUGAUCUGAAAGGCGUGGAUCCAGACUGGCUGGAAAAUGCUCACGGCACCUUCCAACGUGCGGUGGCCAACCUCAACACCGCCAUCCUCCACACUGACAUGAGCGAAGACCGGGCCUCUCGCCUCCUGAACGAAAGGCUCAUGAGCGUGGAGCAGAAUCUGCUCUCGCCGUACGUGUCCCCGGUCGAGACCCCUUUCCGUCACAUCCUGGUGGGCCGAGGCCCCCACACUUUGGCGUCCAUCGCCGAGAUGACGGACCUCAAAGAGCUACACACCCAGCUGGCCUUUGCCACCUGGAGUGUGAAGGCGUGUUCCAACGGCAUGAUGAGUGAAAUUUGGGAAGAGGACGACAAUUAAAUCGAGGGCGUCGGCGUGCGCGUGUAAAAGUGAACACUGAAAAGAGAGAGAAAAAAAAAAAGCACUUAAACGAAAGCUGUCAGUCACGAUUUAGUCCCGCCCUUUUUAAGGUACAAUUUGUAUUUAACACUCCAAACCGCCAGGAUGGAAAAAUGUACUUGUUUAGCUACAAAUUGUACUUUUUUCGGAUGUUUUUUUAAAAUCAGUUUAUGUUGUGGAGAGAGGGGGGGCUUCAACUUGAAAAAGUUUUACUAGAAAACUUUGAAUGCUACUGAUGAACCUGCUGCCUCCUCCUCACACAACAGAGCGCCUUCGCUGUGACCUCCUGCCAUAAAACCUCAUUUAUACCUCAUAGUUUUAGCAGCGCGACGUUCACUUUUUUUUUUUCUUCUUUUUAUACGACAUUAUCGGAAGCAGUGCCUUCCAUAAUUAUGACGGUUAUACCGUUAAUCUGACAGCAGCAUCUGCUACGUGACGACUCUUCAACUUUUGCUGACAAAAAUUGGAGUGCCACAACCGCUCCUCGCUCAGGAAGCCAAAAUUAAUUAUUCGACACAAUUAAAAACUGAAAAGUCUAGCUAUCCAAAUCAUGUAUGAAAAAUAAGGUUCCGUGUCUAAAAGGUAUAAGGCGGACAAAUUAAUGACAAACAAAAUUCUAUUACAUGCAAUUGACAACCUAAUGUUCACUUUGGAGCGAUUGGCGUCAGUUAUCGGGGGCAGUGACCCCCAUAAUUACAACCCCAUUAUCGGGAGCAGUGUCUUCCAUAAUGAAAAGUGAUGGUAGUUUUUGCCUACCGAUAUGUGUUUGUGUGUGCGUUUGUCUUUAAGUGUGUAUUUAUCGAGAGCAGUGCCUCUCAUAUUUCACUCCCAAGGGUGGAACAACUUGUCGGGGACAGUGUUUCCCAGAGUUUUAUACUUGACCUAUUUAUUACUGUUUUUCUGCUUUGUGGUGUUGGCGCUUAGGCAUGUUGAUGUUGUCUCUGAUUUUCAAAUUCCCUGUUUAGACCUUAAAAAUCUGCUGAAAAUGUAGAAAUGUUUAACUCUUAAUGCUUCAAAAUUUCAGUUCACUUCUGCAUUCUAGUCUCCUGCGCCUAGCCUAUUGCUGUAAGACGUGUGUCUCAUUUGCUAAUGUUUUGCUUGUUUUCGAGUUACAUUUGAGUUAUUGUUUGGCUAAAAGUUGCACUAUGAAAUGGGAUAAUCCUACAUAUCUAAAUUAUCACCAUACAAGAAACAUGUCCUGUCUAACCCCCCAAAAUGGGAAGCGAGAGCAAGUAAAGUCUGUGUAGCUUUUGUUGUACAUUCAACAGUGGCAGAACAAUGAUGUAAAAUGUUUGUUUUUGAGCACGAUUUCUGAUAAUGGUGUUUUCAUAUUUGACCAAGAUGAUAAAUAAACCUUUGAGCUUUGCAACCUUU